AUGUCUGGUCCUCUGCUACAGAUGGAUACUGCGAUAUCUCUGCGCAAGGUAAUCAGGUGCUUGGAACUCCUUGUUGCUGCCAUCGUUGAAAUUUGGCCUCUUUGCACUAUUGCGUACUGCCAACCGGGUUCAAGCUCAUGGUUGGUGAGUGAACUUGGCAGCAAAGGGUCGGUCAUAGACAUGAUGUUCUAUGAAGGUAUGUUGUAUGUCAUUGACGAGUUCAACAACCUUUUGGCAAUCAAUGUCAGAGAGGACAAUGAUAAUGGCAAGUUAAGGGUGUCUCGGAUCGAGCGUCUACUUGAUGGUGCCCCCUGUGUCUUAAAGUUGAUCCAAGGUGGCAUCUCUUACUUCGAGUCGUAUCUAGUUGAAUCUCAUGGUGCACUACUGCUGGUACAGAGAACAAUAUUUGGUGAAUGUGAUAAUGACACGAUUGGUGGUAUCAAGCCAGUAGGGAUUGAAUUUGAGGUGUGUCAGUCAGACUUCCAGUCUCGAAGUUGGGUGAAGGUGAGGAGUGUUGGGGAUGACCAGGCAUUGUUCGUCAGCCAAAGUUCAUCCCAAUCUGUUGACGUGUCUCAGUACAAGCUGAAGGGGGAUUGCAUCUACUUCAUGGAUGAUGGCAGCUGUGACUGGUUCUGGAAGGAUGCGCCAAGUUCUUGUGCUGUAUAUGACAUGCGAGAUGGAAAUUGUUUCUUCAUACCACUGCCGACAGUAGCAUGCAAGGACGUCAAAAUGCUAGCGGCGUGGCUUUUCCCUCAGAACUGA